AUGGACUGUGUCUGUUGUUCGCAUGUUGGUAAACAAAUAUAUGGUGGUCAAAAUGUAUCGCUCGGAAACGGUUGUUAUUUUGAAGAAGUUCUCCAUGAAUUAUUAGGCCAUGUAAUUGGAUUUGGCCAUGAACACUCACGACCGGAUCGGGAUGAUUACGUGGAAAUUCGGAGUGAAAACAUUCAGGAUAGUAAAGACCAUAACUUUGACAAAUUAACAGAUGAAACUGUGGAUUCAUUGGGUGAAGCGUAUGACUACGAUUCAAUUAUGCAUUAUCCAAAUAAGCUGUACAAGUGUCCAGAAUGUGGUGGCACAUUGAUUGGCCAACAGGGUACAUUCGCUUCGCCAAACUAUCACACAAAAUCCGGCACACCGUUUCGAUAUGAAUGGCGUAUUUCAACACAAAUUCGAUUGAGUAUCACCGAUAUGGACAUCUUCGAAUCACUCGAUUGCCAGUCGAAUUAUUUCGAGAUUCGUGAUGGAUAUGGACAUGAAUCACCGUUACUAGGCCUUUUCUGUGGCACUAACAUGAACAUUUCAGCGAUUAUAUCCACCGGAAAUCGCAUCGUCAUAAAUUAUUUCUCAAAUGGACCGGAGAAUCGGGGAUUUGCUGCUAAUUACGUUAGCUACUCGUCAGUUUGUAGCGGUGAUUUGACCAUUCACAAUCGUGGCAAAAUCAAAUCACCAAACUAUCCUAGCUAUAGCGUUUGCUGUAUCUGGUUACUUUAG